AUGACCUUUGUACGUCCUUAAGGCGCUAUGUUCAGAAGAUUUGUGAAGUUCGUCUGAUUUGUGGUUUUUUAAUCCUUUGGUUAAACACAUCAGUAAUGGACUCAGCAGAUAACCCUUUUGCCUCACUUGUGAAAAAUUCAUCAGUCGGUCUGGGUCCAGCAAUAUUUGGUGCCUGUGAAACUGAGGUUACUAAAAUCUUGGAGAACAUACUGCUCAUUACCCAUGACAAAGAUCUUGUUCUUGGUGAAUCCGGUAGACCUAGUCAUUUACUUUACAUACAACCGUUCUCGUGUGGAAAUGUUCAAAUUUCCGGGAGCAGUUUGGAUGAACUUAUAUUUGACCGCACCCAAAUGAGAAAGUUCAACGAUUAUGAUGUUGUCAGCCUUAAGACAGGUGCAGCCACGGAUAUCAAUGACGUUUUAACUUCUAAUCCAAUUAGUUAUUUGGUUUCUUCUUAUCGCCGCGCGUGUGCAAUUAAACAAACAAACGCUCUUUCACAGAUCGUUGAAGAUUGUCGCAAAAGUAUUGUAAGACAAAUUGUACUUCUGUUGCUUGUUGAUGCUGAGUCUGAUAAUCCGGAAAGCAGCACGAACCUAUUUGAUAUCAUUUAUCAAGCUCUCUGCACAGAUGACGGCGAUCAAAUUGCUUACAUUCAAAAAAUGUUUGACGAAGUUCUUAAUCAUCUGGAGUCGGAAUCUCUAUCGGAUGUAAGUAUAGAAGAAUCUUGUCCUCAGUCUGCAUUAAACAGUUUACGACCGUUGGUCAAUCGCCUUCUAAUUCAGUUAAGAAAUAUUUAUUAUUCCUCAGUGCAGUCACCAACAGUAGUAAAUAGCUUCCUAAAUAAACAGUUAGUGGGUGCUAGGGAACGUGUCUUGUUCUGUCCUCAACGCCGUCCUCUGUUGAUCAUGACAAUUUGGUUAUCUAAGUAUUCAGUCACUGCUCAGCUUCUUAUUGAGUUGUCGUUUCCUCAGAGUUUCUCCAGUGGUUCAUUUAGACCUGAUGAAUUCGAAGGUGGUCUUUUGGGUCGACUUCUAGUUCCCAGUCAUUUACAUUCACCUCAAGCAGCGGAAACAAUUUUCCUAACUAACCAGGCUCCAAUCGGUGAAUUUUUUACCGAAGAAGUACCUCUAAAAUCUGUUGUAGAGUCCGAACAACGUACAAUAUGGCAGUUAACUGAACAAAUGGAUUUGGAGUUGAACACCUUGUUCACUAAUUUACUCAGGGUCGGCAAACGACGUCCAUAUAUUAAAAAGUUACUGUUCAAAUGGUUCGGUGGAUGUAUUCAUGCUAACAAAGCUCGUGGUCAGUUAGCACAUUCAAUUAUGAAUCAUGAUUUAUUAAGUCGAUCAAAUACACCAAAUCUAGCUGGUGAUGGAUUUCUUAGCAAUUUUACAGCAGUUUUAGUUCGAUUAACUGGACCAUUAGUGACGUUGCCAGAGAAACCGCCGUUGGAUAAAAUUUGGCCAGAAUAUGCUACAGAUUCAUGUGCAGAUCGAACAGUAUUACCAGAUUUACGUGGAGAAACACGUCUUGCACCUGCAAAUAAAAUUUUUAAGAAAUCUGAAAAUGCUUCACUUGUAGUAAUGAAUAAUGAAGAUUAUCCUCUUUUAACAGAAUUAUUUUUUCUUGCACAUGCGGCUAUACGUAUUGGAUGGACAUCGUUAAUUGCUAGACAUUUUGAAACUGGUCAACAAUUGCAUCGGUUAGAAGAUCAAUUACAACCACAUGAAUCAGAUAAUUCUAAUGAUUCUCAAGUAAUUUUUCUACGUCGUUUUAUGCGUGAACGCACUGCACGGUAUUUGGAACAAUCUACCAGUUUGUCGUGUAUGUCUCGAUUAAAAGAUCAAUUGUCAUUUGCUGUGACCACUUGUCGUUUUCUUGUUAAAUUGGCUAAGUGUAUACUAAACAAAAAUAGUAGUUAUAGUAAUGAUACUACUACUUCUACCUCUGACUCAACAUCAUUUUCUCAUGGUUGUCUUUCUGAUUUACCAGAAUAUUUGGUUGAUAAUGUCGUGGAACUUGUUAGUUAUUUAAGACGUGGCAAAGAUGAAUUUCUUGAGAACUUUUUCCGUGUAGCACAUCAUAGUUCACAGCGUUUGGAUAUAUGUAUGUAUAAUGAAAAUCCUGAUUGA